GAUGACAGGGACAGGCCUCUAUUCGCUCGCUUGCCUUCUCAUGAUCAGUAGUGUCCGUUCUACCUGUGUUCCUUUGGAGUGUCUGAGGUGUGACAUAAUCGCCUCACCUGAAGUGUCUGGGAAUCACAAAGCAGAUGAGGCCAUCUGUGAACACCUGUGUUCUAACACCACCCAAUGUCUCAAUACCACUGAUGUAGAGAAUUGCAUAAAAGAUUUUGAAGUGUUUCUGAACACCAGUUAUGGGUUUGAAGUGGAGGAGGGUGAUGACCUCACAAUGGAGUGUGCCCACGACCUACCGGUGAGAGUUCAUGACCUGCUGGUGUUUGUCUGGCUGAAGGAUGGGCUUCCCCUGGAGGGCGAGAACAAUAGCACGGUCACCUUGGAGAGGAUAGGCAUAGAUACCCCUACCGAGGGGAAAUACACCUGCACCAUCCAGAGUCCCUGUGGCAACUUCACCUCAGAUCCAGAAGAACUUGAAUUUAAAGACCUGACAGUGGUGAUCAUUGUGAUCUGUGGUGUGUCUGCGGUGGUGCUGGUCCUGGCCCUGGGCAUCGGCAUCAAGAUCAUGCUGAAGAAGGACUUUGCGAAGACCAAGACCAGGAUGCAGCAGAAUACUCAGAACCUACGGAACACCGCCAACACAACAGAGUAGGGUUUUCUUUUUCCCAAAAACUUAGCCAUUUUCUUCCUGUGAAAAUUGCAAGCCUUUCCCGGGCAUCCAUGUAUUCCCGUUAAAACAGGAAAGGCUUUUUAAAAGCAUAUAAUAUGAGCAAAAAAAAACUGAUUGACUGUAAAUAGAGAAACAUACACACGGGUCUAACGGUUUCUUGCUCUAUUUGUUGCAAUUUAAAGGUCCAAUGCAGACGUUUGUAUCGCAAUAUCAAAUAAUUUCUGGGUAACAAUUAAGUACCUUACUGUGAUUACUUUAAAUUAUAAUGGUAAAAUAGAUACCAAAUUAGCUUCUUACCAAAGAGCAAUUUCUCAAGCAAGAAUUUUGCUAGGACUGUCUGGGAGUAGUCUGAGUGGUGAGGGGAAACUGAAAAUGUGCUGUUAUUGGCAGAGAGGUUUGGAACUCUCUUUCUUAUUGGUCUAUUAACUAAUUUACUGCCUGGUGACAUCACCAGGCGGGUCAAAACUCAACAAAAAAAAGGAAUUAUCAUAAUUUUCACAAAUUCACAGUUAUUCCAAACUCUAGGAAGUCACAUUUUUCACUGCACUAGGCCUUAAAUCAACAUAAAGUUCCCUCAAAGUCACCACACUAUUUCGUUGAUGUUGCCUAGUUUUAAUGUAGGUCUAUGAAGCACUGUUGGCCGACUGAUAAAAUAUUGUUACAGCCUAGUGAAAAUUACGGUCAUAACCAUGUCAUAAUAUGUCAUAAUAGCUGACAUAACUUGUCGUAACCUGUUAUAAUAUGCUAAUAACACUGCCGUGACACUUAUAUUUCAGCCUGUUGUGACAUAAUGUACACAAUGUAGGGUUGUCAGCUGUUUUGUUAACAGUGAGUAGCCACAAUUGAUAUUUCCAGCCUCUGCUAGUGCAACUUGGUCGGGAAAUCUCAUAAUACCAGUUACCGGUAAUAAACCCUACAACAGAAGUAUUUGGCUACUGACCAGGCCCAGAGAAACAUACAUACCCAUUCAGUUUUCACUUGUUUAUGCAUCUGUAUCUGUGCAUGUAGUAGCCAGAAAGCAAAGGUUAAGUCCUCCAACAAACCUGGAUAUUUCUGUCUGUCUCAUUCCAGAUUUUCAAAGUACUUUAAAAAAGGAAUAACAAUGUUUAUUUUCUUGUAAAUGUAUUCAAUUCCAGCCUAGAUUAUUUUCACCCUCCACAACUAUUUUGAAUAUGUGUGUU